ACAAAUACUCCAAACAAGCUUUUGCAAAAUGGUUCUGGGAGCAAACUGACCAGUUGUCAGUCCAUUAUUACACUGUCCAAAUAUAGUCUGCUAUUAAUAGUCUAACCUCACAGGCCUUCAUGUUUUCUGUCCUGAAUCUCUGCAGAGAGGCUGAGAGGAGAACGUGUGCUCGACUUGAGUGUUUAUAGAACUCCGGCCUUUUGCAGGAUGGAUGACUUCCAGCAAUUUGAGCAGGACUUCUACCAAACGGGAUAUUACAUAGAUGACCAGGGUCGUGCUGUGGCUUACUACGACUCUGAGUAAGUGCAUCAGUUGGCGAUCUGAAUGGUUAUUGGAGCUAAUCUAACCCAGAGUCACAGAAGAACCAAGAUAUUCAGAGCAGUGCACAAAAUGCAAACAAUGUGGACCCUUACAUGGAACAGCAGUACCCUGGAGAGAUCUACCAGCCAACCAUGCAUUCCACUGGAACCGAGUAUCUAGAGGAGGAACCUCCACUUCUUGUUGAACUGGGAAUUGAUUUUGAUCAUAUGUGGCAGAAGACCCUCACAGUUCUGAACCCUUUGAAGCCUGCAGAUGGCAGCAUUAUGAAUGAGACAGAUCUGACAGGUCCUAUCCUCUUCUCCAUCGCUCUGGGUGUCACUUUAAUGAUGGCAGGUAAAGUUCAUUUUGGUUAUGUAUAUGGGAUCAGUGUCAUUGCCUGCAUUGGUAUGUACACUCUGCUGAGUCUGAUGAGCCCCUUGGGAGUAUCUUAUGGCUGUGUGGCUAGUGUCCUGGGCUACUGCCUCCUACCCAUCGUGGCCCUCUCUGCGUUUGCUGUUUUCUACUCCUUGCAAGGCAUCGUGGGAACAGUCCUGGCUCUGAUGGCCAUUUGUUGGUGCAGCUUCUCAGCCUCCAAGAUCUUUAUCUCCACCCUGGCAAUGCAGGAGCAGCAGCUGCUGGUGUUCUACCCUUGUGCUCUGUUGUAUGGACUUUUCACACUGCUCACUGUCUUUUAACAAACAGUUGAUCAAAUCCAACUUCCAGUUUCCAUGUAAAGGCCUACUGUCUGUGAUUCCUGCAUUUUGUGAAUGCCUUUGGAAGUGUGAAUGCUGUUAGAUAUUUGCCCUCAAAAAACAGGAGUAAAUGAGUGUGAAGAUUUAUGUUUUGUUUUUUUGCUCCAAAUCAAAAUACUCAGUAAUUU